UGCGCUGUGUCCCUCGGACACAGCGGAUCACCUAUCAAUGGAAAGAGCCAAAGAUGUUGGCUCGGUCAUGUGAUCAGCUGUGUCCAAUCACAACUAUUCACAUCAGCGCCACCUGUCAGUGUCCAUCAGUGCCAGCUCUCAGUGCUCAUCCAUGCCACCUGCCUGUGCCCAUCAGUGCCACAUUUCAGUGCCCAUCAGUGCCACAUAUCAAUGCCUAUCUGAGCUGCCUUUCAGUGCCACCCAUCAGUGCCAGUCAGUGCCACGUAUCAAUGACAGUCAGUGCCACCUAUCAGUGCUGCCAAUCAGUACCACCUAUCAGUGCCAGUCAGUGCCGCCUAUCAGUGUGCAUCAGUGCCGCCUAUCAGUGUGCAUCAGUACCGCCUAUCAGUGCCCGUCAGUGCUGCAUAUCAGUGCCGCCUAACAGUGCCAGUCAGUGCCACCUAACAGUGCCUAUC